CAGACCUUACUCGGCAAGGACGUGCUGUGAAAUCUCCCGAGUUGAUUAGGACUGACUAUACUUACUAGCAGCAACAAUGAAGGAAAGAGAGACAUGGAAAAACGGAAAAGAGUUUUUGUUUUCCUGUAUUGGCGUCAGUGUCGGACUGGGAAAUAUCUGGAGAUUUCCUUAUAUAUGCUACAGGAACGGUGGAGGGGCUUUUCUGGUACCAUACUUCCUCUUCCUAGCUAUGGUCGGUAUCCCGCAGCUCCUUCUACAGUUCUCCUAUCCCCAGUAUUCUAGUAGCGGACCAGCUAAGGCAUGGGUGUGUUGUCCGCUGUUCAAAGGAAUUGGUUAUGCGAUGAUUCUGACCAACUCGGCUGUUGCUAUUUACUAUAACGUUAUCAUCGCCUGGACACUGUACUACCUUGUCAACUGUUUCACCCUACAUCUACCAUGGAGCAGUUGCGAUAAUAUAUGGAACACUGAAAAUUGCUAUUCACGUACGUAUGGAUUGGCAUCAAUGACUGGAAACACAAGUAGCUACAAUACAUCAAUUCCUGAGGACCAAAAUCUGAAGACGAAUGUAACGUUGUCUUCAAACGACAGUAAAACUGCCACAGAGGAGUUUUGGACGUACAAUGUUCUCCAGUUAACUGAUGGUAUCGAGACAAUGGGAACACUGCGCUGGCAGUUACUUCUGUGCAACUUUUCUGUGUGCGUGAUUGUCUUCCUUUGUGUCUUUAAAGGAAUCAAAUUAUCAGGAAAAAUCAUGUACGUGGCCGCUACUGUACCAUAUCUAUUUUUGACGAUCCUUCUGGUACGCGGUCUAACGCUAGAUGGAGCAUUGAUGGGACUGAGGUACUAUUUUAUUCCAAGAUGGGCUGAGUUACUGCGUCCUUCGGUUUGGUUCGACGCCGCUAGUCAGGUCAUGUAUUCUUUGGGAUUUGGCACUGCUGAUCAUAUAAUACUGGCUAGUCACAACAAAUUUCACCAUAAUAUGUAUAGAGACGCCAUGAUAGUUCCUGUUGUCGACGCAUUCACAAGCCUCUUCUCUGGUUGUGUUAUUUUCGUUACCCUUGGUUACAUGUCGUCUACGUUUCAGUUAGACAUAGAUAAAGUGGUAACUGAUGGUCCUGGUAUUGCAUUCAUGGUUUUCCCAGAAGCUCUUUCUACACUCCCUUUUUCUCAAAUAUGGUCAACCCUCUUCUUCCUCACUCUUCUUAUGGUCGGUUUGGAUAGUAGGAUAGUCCAGGUACAGGUAUUGACAGGGUCCCUUGGUGACCUUUGCCCGGGACUGUUUCGCUCCAGAGUCUCAUGGACGUCUGCUGGUGUCUGUCUUGUAGCAUUUGUUCUUGGAGUACCAUUUGUAUAUCAGGGAGGGAUGUACGUAUUACAGUUAGUUGACUGGUACAUAGCUAGUGUGGCGUUUCUGCUGAUCGUCCUUCUCGAAUCAUCUGUCCUGGCAUGGCUUUACGGAUCCCACAGACUAAGCGAGGAUAUAGCCGUGAUGAUUGGGUAUCCUAUACCGAAGUUCUGGCAGGUGUUCUGGAGAUUUAUAACACCGUGCUGUAUACUGGUUGUCUGGGUAAUGGGCCUAGUAAAGCACAAGCCUGUAACGUUUGGUGGCCAGGCAUAUCCAGCUUGGUCUGUUGGUGUCGGAUGGAUUAUCUCCCUUGUGCCGUUAAUGCCUUUGAUUGGAAAUAUUAUUCUGACUCUUCUUAAACACGAAGGAAAUACAAUGCAGAGGUUACAGAAAUCAAUCAAGCCCUUGCCUGAAUGGACAAAGAAUCUGCGAUCAGAUCAAAAUUCAGAACAAAACGGCGACAUCUUAUUAUGAAAAUAAAAUGUGUCAACAAGACUAUAUAUUAAUGUCUAUGAAAUAUUUACCGGUACACUCAUUUCACAAGUAUAUCUCAUGAAAAAUCUUCCGCUUUCUUGAACUAAAGAACUGUAAUCAUGGUGUUUAUACCAAUAUUACGCAACAUUCAAUUAGCUCAGGGUUUAAGUAUAAUCCCAAUAAAUAUCCACCACGGAUUCCCUAGAUCCCAUUAAACUUGUGUUAACAGCCUGUGUUUACUCAUAUUGAAAUCAUUUUGAUGAUUAGGAUACAUUCCCCAUGUGAGAAUUUGAUUAUGACGCAUCAACAUCAAUAAAAAAUAUACUGUGUGGGAGUAGCGUAUAUCAUGCUGUGUUGUCAUAAUGUCCGGCCCGAAUAAUUAUGUUGCCAUUUUAGGCGUGGAUUCCACACCUUCUUUAAAAUAAAACUGACCAAAGUCGCCAAUUUUUUGUUAUCAACAACACAAACAUCUACAUAUAGGUAUUUUAUCACAUACAUUAUGUAACUGAUUUCUAAUCCGUCAAAUGGAUAGUGUCCAUUUAAAGUGAAACUGCUAUAUUGGAAACAAUAAUUCUAAGUCUUAUAUAUAUUUCAAUAUAGGAUUCGAGUCCAUCCAUAUGCAAAUGCCCAUAUUAAGGGAAUCCACCAUUAUUGAUACAUACACUAGUUUUACUUAAUUGACACAUAAAUCACACUUAACAUAAAUGACUGCGUUUGUUAAUCAAUAUCUUAACAAUAUUUGGUACAGCGUAAACAGCACGUAAUGAAUACAAGGAUAGAUGUUGUGGUGACGCCUAUAGGGAAAAUUUAAAACUAGUUUGUUCAAAUAUUAAGCAAAUCAUCAAUGCAUGUCGUUUCAGUGGAACACGGUGUAAAUUGCGUUAACGCGAGGUGUUUAUGGAC